AUGAGAUUCCUUAACAUUCUCCUCGUCGCCGCUCUCGGGGCUGCUGUUCAAGUUGCUGGUGUUGCUGUUCCAUUUGAUAUGAAUGGCGAGUGUUGGAUGACGAGUGCUGUUCUGGAUAUGAAUGUUCACCCGUGGGCGACGCAAAAAUGUGUGUAUAAAAAGGCAAUGACUAGGGGAAAGCGAGUGGACCGAAAUGCGCAAAUGACAAUUGUCGCAAUCGCCUGA